AUGGAAGUGAAUGAAAAUCACCACGGUUAUCUAGAGAGCGAUGUCGAGAAGUCUCACCCAACCCAGACGCUUCACCAUGAUCCGCUCUUCAGCUGCCAGGUAGCCGAGGCGAACAAGGAAAUACUGGCGCAGCGUAAAGUAGUUCUAAGGGAACAACGACUUGUCGACGAGUACAAGAGCUACAACGCUCGCCCGCUAGAGGACGAGCAGGGCACAGACGAGAGGGUCGUUCAAGAACUUAUAGAUGCUCAAGCUAGAGUGAUCGAGAGCCAAGCCAGUCUCAUCGGUCUAUAUGAUACCAAUAUGGCAGCUAAAAUUGCCCAACUCGAAGCGGCAUUAGCCGCAAGCAACGAGCGAGUGUCGAAAAAAGAGAGCGAUGUGAUGCUUCUUUCGCAGGCAAUGAACGAAAUGAAGCUCAGAUAUGACCAAGCUGAGCAUAAGAAGGGCAAGAAGGUGAGGGUCUGAUUGGCG